GGUUCAGGCAGAUCUGCUUCAGGUUCAACAGAUCUGCUUCAGGUUCAACAGAUCUGCUUCAGGUUCAACAGAUCUGCUUCAGGUUCAACAGAUCUGCUUCAGGUUCCAGUGGAAGAUGCUCAGGUGGAUGAUUUUCUGUGUGGUUUGGUUUCUGAAGACACGUCUGAUCACAUGUGAUGAAAACUCCACAGGUUUCCAGGGUGGUCUGUCCAGGUCUGAAGGGGGUCUGCCUGCCACCGUGGUCCGGCUCUCGGUCCCGGAGGACCACCACGUGUGCCUGCGGUGUGGGGUCCCCGACACCCCCGACGUGGUCUGGACCCACCUGGACCGGAGCAUCCCUGGGCCGGACCCCCAGGAGGACCAGAGACUGUUCAGCCUGCAGCCUGAUGGGAAACUCUGCCUCCUGCAGCUCGAAGACUCGGACGCCGGCGAGUACCGAUGCAACGAGCAGCUGGUGGCCGAGCUGCAGGUGCUCACAGGUCAUGACCUCCUGGUGGCGGCCGGUCGGACGUUGCUCCUCCCCUGCAGGGUGUCGUCCAGACCCAAACAGAGGUGGAUCCAGCGGAGGGGGGGCGGGCGGAGGGACCCCAUCCUGACCCGCUUCAAGGACGGUUCGGUCAAACCGGAGCGGGACGACCGACGCUUCGGAUACGAGGACGACGCCCUGCGGAUCCAGAACCUGCAGCCGGAGGACGCAGGAGACUAUCUGUGCAACGGAGAGCUGCAGGCCACCGUCAGCGUGCUCACAGUUCCUCCAGGACCAACAGACGUCCAGAAAACGUCCAGCACGUCUCCAACGUCUGCUGUGGUCCAAACAGACGUGGUCCAGACCAAAUCCAAGGAGAAGAAACCUGAGGACGCCCUCCUGGUGGUGGUGGUGGUGGGUCUGGGGGUGGUGAUCGUCCUCAUGGCUGCCGUCUGCGUUUUACUGACGAGUAUGAAAUGCAAGAAGAACAAGAAGAAGAAAAACAGACGAGCAGCUGCUGAACAAAGACAGGACGACACUGAGCUGCAGCCGUGGACGAAACCACCCCAACAAACUGAUUGUGAGGAGUCUGAGAGUCCAGGUCCAGAGGAGGAGCUGAUCCACUACGCCUCUUUGGGUCGACCCGACUGGAAGAAAAGACCGGGCCGGGGUCCAGCGGAUCCGGACCACAGUGUGAUCUACUCAUCUGUGGUGACCAGAUGAGGGACCAGGUGCCCUGAAGUAGAGGAAGACGAGGACGGAGAUGAAGAUGAGGAUGAGCUGUUCCUAAUUAAACCAACAAUGAGACAAACACCGUGAUUCCUUUGAUUGUUUUAUUACUUUGAUGAAUGUUUGUAGAAGUGUACGUUUCUGUUAAAAUGACAAACAUUUACACUUUAUUCAAGAUAUUUGAACUUUACUGCUCCAUAAUUAUACGAUAUGAUCAGAUAUUUUCACAUUAUGGCAAAAAAACAAAACAAAAAAAUCUAUCUAUCUAUCUAUCUAUCUAUCUAUCUA